AGCGAGACACAGCUGCCAUUCAUACUCAAGAGAAGACAGUUUCUGGCUCUUCUUUCGUUUGCGAUGACAAUCCACAAGUCACAGGGUCAGUCAUUUGACAAGGUAGGUGUUUAUCUGCACAGCCCAGUCCUUGUGCAUGGUCAGUUGUACGUAGCUCUGUCGAGAGUGCGCUAUGCAAACGGUCUAAGGGUGUAUGUUGCUGACAAUGGAGACCAAGGAAAGCAUGAGAAUGAUAAAGUAUACACAAGAAAUGUUGUGUAUAAUGAGCUACUGGAAUGAAAGUGAUUUAUUGAUUUUGUGACCACAGAACAGUUAGUAGAAAGGAAUGACCUGAUGUUACAGUUGUAUUCGAAAGCGCUAUUUUGGUAUACUACCCAUUCAUCAUCCAUUUGGAAAGACAGGAUAUCGCAGCAAGUAUU